GGCCGGGGCGGGGCCGGGGCGGGGCCGCUCGGAGCCGCCGGAGCCGCCGGAGCCGCCGCGCCCGCGAUGGAGCCCAACAGCCCCCGCAAGAUCCAGUUCACGGUGCCGCUGCUGGAGCCGCACCUGGACCCGGAGGCGGCCGAGCAGAUCCGCAGGCGCCGCCCGACCCCCGCCAACCUGGUCCUGAGCAGCGACCAAUCGUCCCCAGAGAUCGACGAGGACCGGCUGCCCAACCCCCUGCUGAAGUCCGGCCUGGCCAUGUCCCCCCGGCAGAGGAAGAAAGUGUCCCGCACCACCCCCACCAUGAAAGAGCUGCAGAUGAUGGUGGAGCAUCACCUCUGCAAGCAGCCGCAGGGCGGCGACGACGACGAGGAGGCGGCGAGCGCGGCCCGGUGUCCCCGCGGCGACCCCGAGCACCGCCACAGCCCCGGCGGGUCCUGCCCGCUGGCCACGGGCCACCGGACACCCGGGGAUGGCACACCCGGGAAUGGGACACCCGGGAAUGGGACCCCCCGAGACGGGACCCCCCGAGCCGGGACCCCCGGGGCUGCGCGGCGGAGCCGGGCCGAGGAUGGGAACCAUAUAGAGCCUGGGGACAGCGCGGGCCAGUAGGUGUGGCCGCGGGAUCCGGACACCAGCGGAGAUUUUUUAAAUUCCAUUUUCUAAGAUUUCGGGGCUGCCCAGAA